AUGUGGCCUGGAGAAUUGAUGACUUUCAUGCCUCGUGUCUUGUCUUGUAGGUUUAAGGCCGAAUUUUUGUUUCUCCGAAGCUUUUGUUGUAUCACUCCCCCUCUGUGUUCUCCCCUACUCAUAUCUUGUGAUUCAAGUUGACUCUGUAGGUAUUGUCCAUUGUUGAGAGAAAGACAAAAAAUAAUAUUUCAUGAAAUUUUUUUUUAGCUUCCCCCAGACAUCAUCCACAUACCCGGAAGAAGAGGUCAAAGCCACAAAGGGUUCGGCUCAGCCUACCUCUGAGUUCACAGACUUCUUUCGCGGAAUACGUGGGCCACAUCGUACCACUGCAUGAAUAACUGUCUCCUGUAUCACCUACGAAUAGAAGAGAAGUGGAGCAGACAAUAGGAGUGGAAAAAGAAAGUUAGAAGAGUGGGAGAGCACUCAAUGUAUCACGGGAGAGGCAUCCGCUGUCGGGUUCUCUAAUACUUGCCCUCGUAGGAUACUCCUCUCUCUCGCUCUCUCUUGUUACUUUUCACGAGUCCUGGUCACCGGUCGUCAUUAUCACUGUAGCAUUACUGUUCAUCUAUUAUUCAACUCUAAUCAGCCGCAUUCUCACGGCACCGGCAGCGAGUAUUGUUCCGAUACUGGUCAACGAGGGAGUAGGUCCCUAACAGCUUCUCUUUCAUCUCAUGCUUUUGUUUAAGAUUUUCAUAUUGAUCAUAAUUGGUAGAGAAAAAAGUAAUAUACGAGAAAAAUAAAUAAUAUACCAUUGAAUCGACGGACUGUACCUAGUUUAAUUACCGUCUUAAUGACUGAGUCAACCAGCCCAUUCUAGGACGCGUGUGGCGUGAAGUUAGUUUACUUUUCCUUGGACAUUGGUUGGCUAAUGAUGACGAAACUAAGCCUUCAGAAGGGGUCCCCAUCCCGCAUAACGCUUUCUGAGAUCGACACCGAGUUGCGCAAGCCCUGAGAAACCCGCCGAAGCCGCUCUUCCCUCCUUUUAACGCCCACCCCUCAGUCGCCUUCUCCCACCGACCGAGCGCGGACGAGAACGGAGUCUCCUCUCCCCUCCACCGAUGCCCGCUCUUCCCGCUCCUAAAACGGGUACGGGCUCGUCUUCGUGUCCUUCUCUGGGUUGUGAGAAAAAGAGAGGGUUGUGGUUCCGCGCGCACGUCCUCGUCCUUGGUCACAAGCGACCAUUGCCUUAUACCCGCAACACUAUGCCGAUAGCCUUUCUCAGGUUCUCCCCAGUGACAACAUGGUACAAUCUCUCUUUCUCCCUCCCUCGGCUGUGUCCUUCUCUGUUGGUCUCACCCCACAUCUCGGUGCAUCUCUCUAGUGCCCUAUUGCUACCGCGAGCUUUUUGGAGGACCAGGUACAGGUCGAUCUCGGCCGGAGGAGGGUAGAACAGCUGAAGGAAGAGGUAGCGAGAACCCUGAACAGGAGUUGCGCCACGAAAGAUGUUAUACAGUGCGUCGACAAACUCCAGCAUCUGGGGAUCGCAUACCAUUUCACGGAGGGUAUUAAAAAUCUCCUGAAUCGAGUCGCCAACUCCACAGUUGCAGAAGACGAAGGCCUCUUCCAUGCCGCGCAGCGGUUUCGGGUUUUAAGGAAUUACGGGUACAAUGUCGCCCCGGGUACGUCCCCUUUUCUCUCUCUCUGGCGUAUUCGUCGUUACUGACGUGUCUUUUUGAUUGAUCUCCGUUCUAUAGAUUUAUUCCACAAGUUCCUCAACAGAGAAGCAAAAUUCAAGGACUCCUUGGCCGCGGACUGGAGAGGCCUUCUCAGCUUGCACGAAGCCUCUCACUAUGGAUCCAGCCACGAAGGGAUCAUGUCCCACGCCAUGGAGUUCAGCAAGAAACAUCUAAAGUCACCAAAGUCUCCUUUCACUCCUCAGCAGCUCGCUCAGAUUAACCAUACCCUCGAGCUCCCGAGGCACAUGAGGAUGGAAAGAUUCAAAGCCUGGAGGCUCAUCCAGGAGAGUACCCACCCAAACGGGAACUCAUCACCGCUCUUGGGGCUUGCGUCUCUGGACUAUAACUUGGUUCAGUCACAGCACCAAGUGGACCUGGAGGAGUUCACAAGGUGGUGGAGGGAGCGCGGUCAGGUGCGUAAGCUCAGCUUUGUGAGAGAUCGUGCACAGGAGUUCUUUCUGUGGACUGCGGGGAUAUUUCCCCAGCCCUCUCUCUCCAAGUGCCGGAUAGAGCUCACUAAAAGUGUAGGCAUGUGCCAUCUUCUUGACGACUUAUACGAUCGCUAUGGAUCAUUGGAAGAACUCACCCUCUUCACUGAUGCCAUCAAAAGGUUUGCAGGCCCAGGUAAAACAGUUUGCCUCCUUUUCCUCGUUGGAAGUUUCGUUAACUUUUAGACUCUUUUCACUGGUUUAAGGUGGGAACUUCAAGCCAUGGAAAAGUUGCCAGAGGUUUUGAAGAUAUACUAUCUUAUCGUGUAUAACACCACCAACGAGAUCAGCUACAAGGUCCUCGUGAACUCUGGAAAAUGCGUCACUUCCCUUUUCAGAAAGACCGUGAGCGUCCUCUCUCUCUCUCUCUCUCUCAAUUCUGACAUUUCCUCGCACAAUCGUGGUACAGUUGGUGGACAUGUGUGAGGCACUCCUUCUUGAGGCGAAAAGGUUCUCGUUUUCUAAAAUUUCUUCAAAAUUUUCUGACUCACCUAUCAGCAAGCUAUGUGUUGAACAUUGAGUUGCAAAAUGUCCUAGACCUCUACACUUAAAACAUGUAAUUUUCAUGCUUGUUGAUGCAUCCAUAAUCUUUUUUCCUUUGUCUACCUCCAUGAUCUUAAGUUUCGUUGUAUAAGGAGCUAUAAUUUGUGGUUUGCCUGGUUCUACCUUGGGUGGGGUGGGGGCUGGAGGUCAUGACGAAGGUAUCUGCACAUUAAAAUGAGGUAUGGGUUUAUAGAAUGAAUCUAAGUCUAUUAUGAACUGAUAUGCCUCUUCUAAUGUGUGAAUAUUUCUCAUACUAAGUUCUCUCCAGAAAUACUCUCGAAGACCGGUUUGAAAACGAGAUAAGGUAAAGGGUCCUCAUUUAUCCCACAUAUGAGCAUCAACUCAUCAAACUGAGUUACAUAUUAUGUGGGUGGUCUAUUAUCUUGGGAAAUUCUAUUCCAUUGAUAUAAUAUUUUGAUAGUAUAAUUUACACGUAAGUAUUUCUCCCCUAAUUUAGCUUUCAUCUCUUCCCAAGUUCCAAUCAGUUCUUGUCUUCUUAAUUCUAGUAAUUGAGCAAUACUCCUCCAAUAUGUUUUUGCAGAACAGGAUAAUUUAAGAUCAGCAAAUCAUAAUUUUCUAGCUUUGGACAUAUUAUUCCAUCUAAAAUAGCUGUCCAUCAUAGCCUCCUAGUUUAAAUAUUUUUUUGGGUCUUUUCCUCCCUCAAACAUAGGUACAUCUAUCGAGACAUUCCUAUGCGAUGGGUUAGCAUCUACAGUUUCUUUGGGGUUUCUAUUUCGCCUAGGAUUGUGUUGCUGCAAUGGAGGAAAUCUAAGAUUUUCCUGAGUUUCAAAUCUUCCUAAUCUUUGGUUCAUCAUAUUCAUUUGUUCCAUAAGUAAUUUUGCCCAUUACGGAAUUUCCUCUUCCAUUGAGGUAUAUGAUGAUUUUCUUGUAUGGUGUAGGAUGUAAUAGAACAAGUAGGCAUGCAAUUGUCUUGAGUGGUGUUAUGCAGUUGAGAGAUCUAAAUCGUGAUUAUGAGGCCUGAUGGAUAUCCUAACCUGUGCUCUAAUAUCAAAAUAGAUGCAGAAGGAUUUGAAAAGAAUGCGAAGACUAUAAAAUCAAGCAAACUCACUCAAGAAUUAAAGCGAAUAUGAGUAGACUUUGAAAUUAUCGAGAAACACCUGCAAUUGAAUAAAAAAAAAAGGGUAUGGCAAUUUAAGAAAACUGCUGAAAGGAAACCCAGAUUUAUCACGCGAAAAAAUAUUCAUAUCACGAUUUAAGAUCUGCAGAAUAUUAA